UCAAAAUGGCGGACAUGUGGCUGAUAUUUUUGUUUUGCUAUUUCGCUUUCAUCCUUCUGUUCAUGGCCAUCCCAGCGUCUUUGGGAUUUUCGUUUGGAAUUAGAAAUUUGUAUUUAGCCACUCUGCUCAAAAUUUUUGAGAUUGGAAGGAGAACCAUUCAGUCAAAACAUGGAGUAAAAUCAAAUGUCAUUGAAAAAACACCAGCAAAACCCACGAAAGCUAACUUGCCUAGAAACCGUUCAUUUGGAACCUUUCAAAGAGAGUUCCACAUGGGUGAUGCCAUAGAGUUCUGUGUUAAUGGAGUUGAGGCGAUUAUAGAUGAUGAAGUAACGAAGCGCUUUUCUGCAGAAGAACUGGAAUCUUGGAAUCUCCUCACCAGGACAAAUGAGAAUUAUCACUAUAUUAGUGUCAAGUUAACCAUCAUGUGGGUGCUGGGCUGCUUUGUGAGAUAUGUUAUCUUAUUUCCCAUGCGAUUCACGCUAUUUCUUCUUGGCAUGGCUUUGUUGAUUUCAUCAAGAAUCUUCAUCGUUCAGCUUCCAAAAUCCAGUUUCAGAAACUGGCUGGAUACCAAAUGCAUGCUGGUUUCAUUUAGAAUUUUUGCAAGGGCUGUGUCAGCCGUGAUCACAUUUCACAACAAAGAGAACAUGGCCAAUGGAGGUGGUAUUUGUGUGGCAAACCACACCACCCCCCUGGAUGUGCUUAUAUUAAUGUGUGACAGAUGCUACUCUCUGGUUGGUCAGAGACAACCUGGUUUGUUUGGUUUCUUCGAGAGAACUCUUGCUAAAACUCAAGAUCACAUUUGGUUUGAAAGAACGGAAAUGAAGGACAGAUUGAUUGUAACAAAAAGAUUAAGAGAACAUGUUCAAGAUGCAACUAAAAACCCAAUAUUAAUAUUUCCUGAAGGAACUUGCAUUAACAACACAUCUGUGAUGAUGUUUAAGAAGGGUAGCUUUGAGAUUGGUGGAGAUAUUUUUCCUGUAGCAAUCAAGUACGAUCCUACUUUUGGAAACGCAUUUUGGAACUCCAGUGCUGAAGGCUUCGCCCUAUACCUCUUCCUUCUGCUGACAAACUGGGCACUAGUCUGUGAUGUGUGGUAUCUUCCUAAAAUGACUCGUCAGGAAGACGAGAGCGCUGCACAAUUUGCAAAUCGCGUCAAAACAGAGAUUGCUCGUCAGGGAGGGCUAGUUGACCUCAUUUGGGAUGGACAACUGAAACGAACAUCUGUGAAACCAGAAUUCCGUCAGCAGAGGCAAGAGGACUACGCUAGCACAUUGAAGAUCGACUAGAGAUGCCAGAAAUUUACUUGAGAAGAGAAAAUGUGUCACAGCUAUGCAAGAUGCAAGGAGUAUUCAAAAGUCCUCCAUUCUGUAAAUCUUUGUGAAUUAUUUUCCAGAAAACUUCCACUACUCUCUCAACUCAUAACAUGCCAAACUAAAACCAAUUGCAACUUGGUCACCUGCGUUUUCCCGCGCUUUCCCGCGCUUUGGACAGUUUGCGUGUGAUUGGCUUGUUGUGAUCUUUUUCUCUCUUCCGAUUGGCUGCUAUGAUUACUAGGGUUAGGUUUGCAGUUCUUAAUCGAAAUGCGCUCUACGAAUUUAUUGGUGCAAAAUUUGAUUUAAUUUAUUAAUUUUUUUCAAUGAAGUCAAAAGGCCAUAUCGGAAGGGAUUUAUUUUGGCAGCGUUAGGGAUAAUCAUCCAACUAUUUGUUUUAUAGUUUGCUAGGUAGAUAUGGUGCGGAUUGGAGAAUACGUAUUUGAUACAGAUGAUAUUUUUUGCUAUACUUACUCAACAAUAUUUUGAUAUGAAGGAUUGGGAAUGGAUGCAGUUUGAUACUUCGUUACGACUAUGACGUGGGUUUAUGCAAGCAAACGAUCUUAAUUUAUGCAACCAGAGGUUUAUAGAAAUCUUAAGACGAUGAUGACCAUGCUUUCGCGUCAGAGCUCGACAAACCCUGGUGUGUGACUACAUUUGUCAACUUAGGGGAAAUGUGCGAGCUCUAUUUCGUCUGAUUGGCGAAGGGAAAGUAGCUUAUAGGAAAACAGAAAGCACCUUGAACACGUCUGUUUUAUACGGUCAGGUCUUAAACGUCUGAGUAAGCCAUUCUUGAUCGUAUUUUCUCUUUCUAAUUUGCGAAAAUUAGGGAGCCUCAUUUCGCAUUUACUUAUUUUCGCAGUUGAAAUAGCGUGGUAGCAAACAUGUCCAUCAUUUCGCGAUUUUCUCUGUGAUUUAUUUCCUCAAACCCUGAGCUGAUACAAAUGACUCUAAUUAUGGUAAUGAAUUUUGGGUGUUUAAUUUCGCGCAAGCGAUAGUUCGUGCGUGUGAAGUUUCGCGAUUUUUUUCUCAAAUAGGGAAAAUCACUAAAUUAAGUGAAACAGGGUAUUUUUAAAGGAGAAAAUUAUUAUGAUUUCCAUUGUUUUGUUAAUCCAAAUCUUUUCGAGAUAAUAUUAAGUUAUUGAAUAUGGAACAGUUUAUGGCUUUGAUUUUGAGUAGGGAACAGCCAUGAGAAAAAUUUUGAUGUAAUAUGAAUGCCAGUAUGCGAGAACUGGCACACGUGAAUUUAUAAAUCCAAAAGAAAUCUGAUUAUUUUUUGUUUACUUGGGCCGUCAUGUAAUAUUUUGGGGAGCAAAGUGUUGUGUGGCGAGCCGUAGAGUAAAUGACAACUAUAUAUUUGCCAAUUGUGUAACCAUUUAGUUACUUUGUUGUGUCGCGGGUGUUACUAACAGAGCCGUGAAUGUAAAUAAAAUCCGGUACUAACUGCACAGACAAAUUAAAAUCAAUUUUGAUUAUCAUGA